AUGAUCCUCAGAUAUUCAGCCAAUAUUGCAUUCUAUAGCUCUAUUGAUAUCUACUGUUCAAGUUCAAGUUCAAGCAGCUCUAGCUCAAGUUCAAGUUCAAGCAGCUCUAGCUCAAGUUCAAGUUCAAGCAGCUCUAGCUCAAGUUCGAGUAGUUCAAGUUCAAGUAGUUCAAGUUCGAGUUCAAGUAGCUCUAGCUCAAGUUCAAGUAGCUCAAGUUCGAGUUCAAGCAGUUCAAGUAGUUCAAGUUCCAGUAGUUCAAGUAGCUCAAGUUCUAGUAGCUCAAGUAGCUCAAGCAGUUCAAGCUCUAGUAGUUCAAGUUCAAGCUCAAGCUCGAGCAGUUCAAGCUCAAGUUCAAGUAGCUCUAUCUCCAGCUCAAGUUGUUCUAGCUCAAGUUCAAGCUCUAGUAGCUCCAGUUCAAGUUCUAGUAGUUCAAGCUCAAGCUCAAGCUCAAGUAUUUCCAGUUCAAGCUCAAGUAGUUCCAGCUCAAGCAGUAAGUUUAUUUGUUCCAUUCCCUCUCAGUCGACUCAGGCUCUAGUAAUUCAAGUUGAAACUAUAGUAGUUCAAGUUAUAAUUCAAGCCAUUCAUGCUCUUAUAGUUCCAGCUCCAGUUAUAGCUGUAUCUGUACCUACUGACCAUAUAUUAUACCAUGAUCUUUCUCAUAGAAGACAUAUUAACUCUUUACUUUAA